UUUUGGUAUUUGGGCGUUUGCGUCCUCCGAGUUGUUACGACUUAAAUGGUGCUGAUCUGUCUCUCUGCGGUCAUGCGAUUAACAUCAUUUCCUUGUCACCCUAUUCAUAAUCUUCUUCUACCAAAUUCUUUCAUUUCUCUUUCUAGUGGCUUCACCACAACUAUUAUCCCUAACCAAAAAAGCCGCAAGUGUAUUCCUUCCACUAUCAGAUUAGCAGUAAGAGCUCACUCUGUAUCAGUACCAACGAUGGUCAAAGUCAUUAGGGUUCAUGAACUUGGUGGCCCUGAGGUACUCAAAUGGGAGGACGUUGAACUGGGAGACCCAAAAGAUGGAGAGAUCAGGGUGAAAAAUAAGGCCAUUGGCCUCAACUUCAUUGACAUAUAUUUCCGGAAAGGAGUUUACAAAGCUGCUGCAUUUCCCUUUACACCAGGUAUGGAGGCUGUAGGGGUUGUAACAGCUGUUGGUCCUGGAUUGACUGGGAGGAAAGUUGGUGAUAUUGUUGCAUAUGCCGGCCAUCCGAUGGGUGCAUAUGCUGAGGAACAGAUCCUUCCUGCUGAUAAAGUUGUGCCUGUUCCUCCCUCAAUUGACCCCAUUGUUGCAGCAUCCAUACUUCUCAAGGGCAUGACUGCUCAGUUCCUUCUGCGCCGCUGCUUCAAAGUUGAACGUGGGCACACAGUACUUAUUCAUGCUGCAGCAGGUGGAGUUGGCUCCCUAUUGUGCCAAUGGGCAAAUGCCCUUGGUGCUACAGUCAUUGGUACUGCAUCAACUAAAGAGAAGGCAGCCCAAGCGAAAGAUGAUGGGUGUCAUCAUGUCAUAAUCUAUAAGGAAGAGGAUUUUGUCACUCGUGUCAAUGAGAUCACAUCUGGCCAAGGAGUUGAAGUUGUAUAUGAUUCUGUUGGAAAAGAUACCUUUCAGGGAUCAUUAGACUGCUUAAAAACUCGUGGAUACAUGGUGAGUUUCGGGCAGUCAUCUGGUUCACCAGAUCCAGUACCUUUAUCAGCUCUUGCAGUGAAAUCGCUAUUUCUGACGAGGCCUACAAUGAUGCAUUACACAAUAACGAGGGAUGAACUACUGGAAACUGCCGGAGAGGUAUUUGCAAAUGCAGCAUCAGGUGUCUUACGCGUCCGUAUCAAUCAUACUUAUCCCUUGUCUCAGGCGGCACAAGCACAUGCUGACCUUGAGAACAGGAAAACAUCUGGAUCAGUUAUACUGAUUCCAGAUGGUGCUCAGUAGUAGUCUACUUUGUUUACUGCCAACAUGAAAUGUAUUAAAAGGCAUAGUGGACUUCAAGUCUGAGCUGAACCAUAAUAAAUGCCUAUGUACAUUCUUUGCGGAUUUUCACUUGUCAUUGUGUUGCAAUAGUCUGUUGUAUUUGCCUGGUGUUUACUGAGUGGAUUCUGAGUUCAAUAUCAGCCUUCUGUAUGUGAAUGAGCAUCAUGAUAUUAGUUCCUUCAGGUUCUUCCUAGC